CUUGUUUACCCGGCAGCCGACGCGAACUUGUGUUUCCUCAUCUCGCCGAGAAAAUGUCAAUUUUUCAGGCGUGACAUGCCGAUUUUCGGACGGAGUUGAGGGAGACGAUGCAGCCGAAGGCCUCGCAGUGCUCGCCGUGUUACUGCUGAGGAGUUAGCCAGCGCUAGGCUAGAUACUCGCACAUCUCAGAGCCCUGGCAGUGAGUGGUAUACUAUACGUAAUAUACAACAAGAAGUUAUAUUCGGAUUUUCGCUCUUCACGUACCGGUUCGGCCGGAAUUUGAUCCUUUUCCAAAUGGAUGAGGCAUCUCCAGCAUCCCUGACAGAUUUAUCCCUGUCUUACGUGAGCAGAAACCUUGAACGCUUCUGUGAGAAGCAUGCUGAUGGGUCCCUGUGUCUUCGCGAGUCUCUCAUCUUCCCCCAGGAGCUCGCUGACCAGCUGUUGUGCAAGAUGGCCACUGAGGGGCUGUUGAAUGACAGCACAGUGGGCAUCUUCCGCAGCAGUCAGUACUUGCGUUUGCGUCGCGCCUGCAUACGGACCGCCCGCAUCUCAGCGGAAGCCUUCCGACGUGCCCUGUGUCCACACCGUCUGCUGGAGCUCGAUGCAUCAAGGGUCAAUGCAGACCUGACCAUUGCCGAUAUCUUGCGGGGGCUGGCAUCCAACAAGGGGUGCCAGGAAAGCCUGCAGCGACUCGUGCUGAAUGGCCUGACCAUGUCACUGGAGGAACCUAACCGCCGCUGCUUCAGCUCCCUGCAGGCCCUGCGCUCACUCAGCGUGGCCAACGUGGACUUCUACGACUCGGGGUUGGCUGAUGUAUGCACUCUCCCGCGCCUGGAAAGUCUGGACAUCUCCAACACCUCUGUUACAAAUCUGACACCACUGCUGGGCUGCAGAGCGCGUCUGCGCUACCUCACCAUGCAUCAGCUGAAACGGCUGGAGAUGACCACUGCCCAGCUCCUCUUUGUACUCAGCCAGCUCGAUGGCCUACAGCACCUGGACAUCUCGGACGACAAGCAGUUCACUUCCGAUGUGGCACGGCAGCUGUUGGAGCAGCCAGGCAUCUUGCCUCAUCUUGUCUCCUUGGAUGUGUCUGGGCGCAAGCAGGUCACUGAUGCGGCGGUUAAGGCUUUUGUGGAGCAGAGACCAGGCAUGACCUUUGUUGGGUUGUUGGCAACUGAUGCUGGAUUCUCUGACUUCCUGUCUGGGGAGGGCAGCUUGAAGGUGACAGGGGAGGCAAAUGAGACCCAGAUCUGUGAAGCCCUCAGAAGGUAUACAGAGCGGGAAUGUUUUGUGCGGGAAGCCCUCUUCCACCUCUUCAACCACACUCAUGUGAUGGAGAAACCACGGCCAGACAUCCUAAAGCUGGUGGUGUUAGGCAUGCAGAACCACCCCGUGACGCUGCACGUGCAGCUGGCAGCCAGCGCCUGCGUCUUCAACCUGACCAAGCAGGACCUUGCUGCAGGAAUGCCUGUCCACUUGCUUGGCACUGUCACCCAGCUGCUGCUGGAGGCUAUGAGGAACUUCCCCAACCAUCAGCAGCUACAAAAAAACUGCUUGCUCUCCCUUUGCAGUGAUCGCAUCCUACAGGAAGUCCCAUUCAAUAGGUUUGAAGCAGCCAAGCUGGUCAUGCAGUGGUUGUGCAACCAUGAGGAUCAGAAUAUGCAGAGAAUGGCAGUGGCCAUCAUCUCAAUACUAGCAGCCAAGCUGUCCACAGAGCAGACAGCUCAGCUGGGUGCAGAGCUGUUCAUUGUGAAGCAACUACUUCACAUAGUCCGUCAGAAGACGGCCCAGGGCAUAGUGGAUGCCACACUCAAAUUUACACUGAGCGCACUCUGGAACUUGACUGAUGAGUCACCCACUACCUGUCGCCACUUCAUUGAGAACCAAGGCUUAGAACUGUUUAUCAAAGUCCUAGAGUCUUUCCCUUCAGAGUCUUCUAUACAGCAGAAGGUUUUAGGCCUGCUGAACAACAUAGCUGAGGUGGGGGAGCUUCACUCAGAGUUGAUGGUUCAAAGCUUCUUGGACCACAUCCGCAGUUUGCUGCACAGCCCUGAGGUGGAAGUCAGCUACUUUGCUGCUGGAAUCCUAGCCCACUUGACCUCCAGGGGGGAAGCUAUGUGGACAUUAGGGCUGUCUCUCCGUUCCAUGUUGCUGGAUCAACUGCAUGCUGCCAUCUUGAAAUGGCCUACACCUGAGGUUGAGAUGGUUGCGUACAGGUCCUUCAACCCCUUUUUCCCCCUACUGGAGUGCUUCAGGACCCCUGGGGUUCAGCUCUGGGCUGCUUGGGCUAUGCAGCAUGUCUGCAGCAAGAAUGCAUCUCGCUACUGCAGCAUGCUGCUGGAGGAAGGGGGCCUGCAGCAGCUGGAGAUGGUGAGGACCCACCCUGACACCCACAGUGAUGUACGGAGGCUGGCUGAGAGCAUCCUGGAUAGCCUGGAGCGACACAGGGCCCGCACAGGCCAGCCGAUCCCUCCACCAUCUCACCGCUGCCAGUGCCAUCAGGACACCCGCAAAGAGAAGGAUAUUCCAUGACAUCUGCCCCAGCCUACUGGUUCCUCUGCUCCCAGAGUUGCAGUGCAGGGAACAUAACUGGAAAUGUAGAGAGUGUCUCGAGUGUGUACGGGGAAAAUAGAAAAGACAGUGAAGAGGUUCCAAGAUGACCUGCUGGCUGCCACGUGUUCCUUUCUGCUCCUUUCAUGUUACCCUGAACUGUCACUAGGGGGCAACAUGACUGGAGAUCAUUUCUUUGCACACACUGAACAUUCAGUUGGAUUUCAUUUGAGCUGUCAACAUUUAUGUUUCUAUUGUUCAUAUUACGUAUUAUUUUACAAGGAAGUUGAGUAUAUGUGACUGAAAUGCAAAUGACCCCAAUGCAUUUGGCCAUAUGUGAAAGUCUUUUUUUUUUUUACCCCUACUGUUUCAGCUUUGUCAAAAAGCUUACAGGCCUAAUGAAGCUGGCCCAUACCUUUGAGAGCCAUGUUGCAUCUUGAAGAGUGUGCAUGAUGGCAUGUGCUCCCAGGCUACUAGUGUGUCUUAAGCCUCUUAAUGCUUUCUUUGCUUUUUCCUACAGUCCUCUUCCUCUAUAAAAGUUGCCUAUAAGGUAUAUAGUUCCUUAUAGACUUAAAUGGCAAUAAAUAUUGUUAAAAUUAUAGAAGAAACAUAUACAAUUUUUUAAAGAUGUAUAUUUCUGUAAGUUCUUGGAAGUGAUUUGUGUUUACUGCUAGAUUGUUGCAUUUUGUACAUAAGGUACGUCCAACAGCAUGUCAAGAAUGAAAAGUUUUUUAAUGUCUACAGCUGUAGAUCAAGCCUGCUAUUUUGACUGAGUGUGUCAUGUGAAACUACCAGAAUAAAGGGGGAGGGUGUGCUACUUCUAACUUAUUUGUUCAUGGACAAAAAGAAACCAUGACAUAAAUAAAAUCCAGGAAAAUUUUAGUCCAGUAGCUUAGAGAUGAACUGAAAGCUACUCGCUUUAGAAUCAUUUUGUACAAGGGUGGACGGAUCACUAUUGUGUCAUUUGUUGCAUUCCAUAAUUGCUGUCAGUCCCAUUUGAUUAGUUAAAUCAAGUCAGCAGUGCCCAUUUAUAGAUCCAAUGCUUCCACAGUAUGUAAUUGUUCUUG